CUUCCCGGCUGUCCCCGGGAUGCGGCAGCGCGGUGGCAGCGGGGCGAGCGGCGGGGCCGGGCAGGUGCCGGCGCCGGUGCCGCUCGGAGCGGGGCGAGCGGCGGGGCCGGGCAGGAGCCGGUGUCGGUGCCGCCCGGAGCGGGUUGAGCGGCGGGGCCGGGCAGGAGCCGGUGUCGGUGCCAGUGCUGGUGUCGGUGCCGCCCGGAGCGCGGCUCGGACGCGGCGCCGGUGCGCGGCGGGCGCGCGCAGCUGCAGUACCCGCGCUGGCCGCUCAGCGGCGCGGCGCUGCCGCCGUGCUCGCCGGGGCGGCCGGCGGCGGGGGCCGCUCUCUGCCGCCUUCCCGCGCCCUCUCCUCGCUCCGGCAGAUCUCGCGAGAGCGCGGCCGGCUGGUGGCCGCGGGGGCUGUUGCAGCAGCGGCGGCGGCGGCGGCGGCGGGAGGAGGAGGCGGCGGCGGCGGCGGCGGCCGGGGGCGGCCGAGGAGGCGGCGGCGGCGGCGGAGGAGGCGGCGGCGGCGCGGGGGCGGCCGCGCCGGGGCGAGCAGCGGCGGGCGAGGCCCGAGCGGCGGCGGCGGCGGAGCGGCGGCGGCAUCAUGGCGGACAGAGACAGCGGCAGCGAGCAGGGCGGCGGCGGCGGGGGCGCGGCGGGCGCCGGGGGGCCGGGCGCGGGCGGCGGCGGCCCGGGCGGCGGCGGCGGCGGCGGCGGGGGCCCGGGCGGCGGGCUGCAGCACGAGACGCAGGAGCUGGCCUCCAAGCGGGUGGACAUCCAGAACAAGCGCUUCUACCUGGACGUGAAGCAGAACGCCAAGGGCCGCUUCCUCAAGAUCGCCGAGGUGGGCGCGGGCGGCAACAAGAGCCGCCUGACCCUGUCCAUGUCCGUGGCCGUCGAGUUCCGCGACUACCUGGGCGACUUCAUCGAGCACUACGCGCAGCUGGGGCCCAGCCAGCCCCCCGAGCUGGCGCAGGCGGCCGACGAGCCCCGGCGGGCGCUGAAGAGCGAGUUCCUGGUGCGGGAGAACCGCAAGUACUACAUGGAUCUGAAGGAGAACCAGCGCGGGCGCUUCCUGCGCGUCCGCCAGACCGUGAACCGCGGCCCGGGGCUGGGCUCCACGCAGGGCCAGACCAUCGCGCUGCCCGCGCAGGGCCUCAUCGAGUUCCGCGACGCCCUGGCCAAGCUCAUCGACGACUACGGCGUGGAGGAGGAGCCGGCCGAGCUGCCCGAGGGCACCUCCUUGACUGUGGACAACAAGCGUUUCUUCUUCGACGUGGGUUCCAACAAGUACGGCGUGUUCAUGCGGGUGAGCGAGGUGAAGCCCACCUACCGCAACUCCAUCACCGUCCCCUACAAGGUCUGGGCCAAGUUCGGCCACACCUUCUGCAAGUACUCGGACGAGAUGAAGAAGAUCCAGGAGAAGCAGCGGGACAAGCGCGCCGCCGCCGCCGCCGCCCCCGCCGUGGGCGCCGAGCCGCCCCCCGAGGCCGAGGCGGCCGCCGCCGGGCCGCCCGGCGCGCUGCUGCAGGCCGAGGAGCCCGAGGAGGACUGACCGCCCGCCCCCCGGGACGCGGACUGGCCCCGCCGCCGGCGGGAGGGCGGGCGGGCGGCGGGGCGCGGGGGCGGCGGCCCGGAGCCCCCCCUCCGCC